CUCUUUCUUUCCUAUGCAUUUCGUAUAAGUGCUAGCGGGGAGUAAUUAUCAUGAAACGCCACUUCCUCAUUUAAUCACAUAACAACCGCGAGGCUACGUCGCUAAUUCGUGUCGUUUUCUAGAUUGCAAAACUUAAAAAUCUAUUCAUUAAUUACACCGCAAGUUGAAAAUGAUCGCUGAUUGCACUCAGAGUGCACCACAGCAUCGGUGAACUACGCCAGGAGCUUUCCGGAACGGAAACGUGGUAGUGGUGCGGUGGUCGGUGGCGAUUUGUUAUCAAACAUCUGACGGGCGGCUGGCGAUGGCGGAGGCGGCGCCCGGGAAUAUCGUGAAGGAGGGCUGGUUGCUGAAGCGCGGCGAGCACAUCCGUAACUGGCGCGACCGCUACUUCAUCCUGUUCGACAAUGGCGACCUACUGGGAUUCAAGGCGCAGCCCGAGCGCAACAACUACCGUGACACCCUCAACAAGUUUACAGUGCGCGAUUGUCAGAUCAUGGCUGUAGACAAACCCCGGCCCUACGUGUUCACGAUUCGUGGCCUACAGUGGACUACCGUCAUAGAAAGAAACUUCGCCGUCGACAACGAGAAAGAUCGCGAGGAGUGGGUGGCGGCUAUCCGCUAUGUAUCGUCGACCCUGGCGGCGGGCUCGGCGGCCGGGGAGGGUGCGUCGGGGGCUCUCGGCGGUGUUCUCCCUCCGCACGACACCGACGACGAUGACAUCGCCAAGCUCGGCACCAGCUUCAGGGAUCCGAGACGCAUCACCUUGGAGAAGUUUGAGUUCGUGAAGGUCCUGGGGAAGGGGACCUUCGGGAAGGUGGUGCUCAGUAGAGAAAAGGGAACCGGCAAGCUUUACGCCAUGAAGAUACUGAAGAAACACAUCAUCAUACAGAAGGACGAGGUCGCGCACACCAUCACCGAGAACCACGUGCUCAAGAAGACCAAACAUCCAUUCCUUACGGCGCUGCGUUACUCGUUCCAAACGGCAGACCGCGUGUGUUUCGUGAUGGAGUACGCCAACGGCGGGGAACUGUUCUUUCAUCUUUCGCGAGUGAGAUCCUUCAGCGAGGAGCGGACGCGCUUCUACGGCGCCGAGAUCGUGGCGGCGCUGGGGUACCUGCAUGCCGAGGGCAUCAUAUACAGGGAUCUUAAGCUUGAGAAUCUUCUCCUGGACAAGGACGGCCACAUCAAGAUCGCCGACUUCGGACUGUGCAAGGUCGACAUCACGUACGGCCGGACGACCAAGACGUUCUGCGGCACUCCGGAGUACCUCGCGCCCGAGGUGCUGGAGGACACGGAUUACGGGCCGGCCGUGGACUGGUGGGGCACCGGCGUGGUGCUGUACGAGAUGGUGUGCGGUCGCCUGCCCUUCUACAACAGGGACCACGAGGUGCUGUUCGAGCUCAUCUUGCAGGAGGAGGUGCGCUUCCCCCGCGCGUUGUCGGCCGCCUGCCGCUCGCUGCUGGCCGGCCUGCUGUGCAAGGAGCCCGCCGGCCGCCUGGGCGCCGGCCCCGACGACGCCAAGGAGAUCAUGCAGCAUCCCUUCUUCACGUCCGUCAACUGGAGCGACCUCGUCGCCAAGAAGAUUCCGCCGCCCUUCAAGCCGCAGGUGGACUCGGACACCGACACGCGCUACUUCGACUCGGAGUUCACGGGCGAAUCCGUGGAGCUCACGCCGCCCGAUAACGACUCCGGCCUCGCGCGCAUCCAGGAGGAGCACUUCCCGCAGUUCUCGUACCAGGACAUCUGCUCGUCGGCGCACUCGGCCCUGUCUCACCUGUCGCACCACUCCGCCGCGCCCGACCGCCGCCACUAGCCGCCGCCGGCCGACGCGCGCCUCCUCACGCCGCAUUUAUCGUGAGCGCCACGACGUGUUCAUUUUCGCCCCACAUCUUUAGUUUGAAUGCGAUCACUGCGAUGUUUCUGAGACGACUGCGGAUGGGAUUCGAUAUAAAUACACGUGUACAUGCUAUAGAUUGUAAAUAGUCGUCCGGAGGACGCGACCAGCCCUCGGCCGGGCGCGCCGCGACACAGUAGUUUCAACCCCGGUAAAGGCUUCAAAAACCGACGGUGAGGUCUCGUGCGAGGGACACCACCACCGGCCGGGCUGCAGCCGGCGCGAGGACAGGAGGUCGCUUCACUCGUCCUCCUCUCGUCCCCCCUCCCCCUACUCCGUGUCGUGUCGCGGUCGCGUCGUCGUCUCGUGCUCGUGUCGUCCCGGAUCGCUCCACGAAUAUAUUUCCUUUUGUAUAUAUUAAAGUUAGGAUUUGAA